CAGAUUGGUCAUCCUCGAUUGAACGUGACGCGAAACUGCAACUCGUCCAACAUGGCUGGCCAGGAAGACCCGGUGCAAAGAGAGAUUCACCAAGAUUGGGCGAAUCGAGAGUAUAUAGAAGUCAUUACGAGCAGUAUCAAGAAGAUAGCCGACUUCCUUAACUCGUUUGAUAUGUCAUGUCGAUCUCGCCUGGCCACCCUCAAUGAGAAGUUGACGGCGUUGGAAAGGAGGAUUGAAUAUAUCGAGGCCAGAGUGACAAAAGGAGAAACCUUGACCUAGCUUCCAUCAUGAACAUUCAUAGCAUCCUCGAGCUACCUGCCCACUUCCCAUUCUGAUUUUUUGUUUGUUUGUUUUUUUGAAUAUGUGUGAUGGACCACUCUCCAUUUUUGGGACCAUGUGGACCAUUUUUAUAUUAUGUGGCUGGGUUUUGUGUUGUUUUAUUUCAUAACACAUUUGUAUACAACACGUGGGUCUGUCUUGAGUGUCAGUGACUCAAGCAUCAUCAAUGUUACAGAACAAAACUACAUAAGUAUUGGUUAAAAAUAUGUAUAUUCUGGAGCUCAAUUAUAGAUCUGGUAUCAGCACAAUUUGUUGACCAACUGUAUGAUAUAUUUCAUCAUUAUCAGUUCAAAUAAUUAUAAAGGGUAACAUUCUUGUGUGCCAAGUUAAUCAAGUAAUUGUGGAGUCACCUUUAUUAAGGAACUAACUGUACAGUGAACUGUGUGAUGUUUUGGAAUUUAAAUACUGUAAUAAAUGAAAGUCAAUA